AUGGCACCCCGUGGCCGUGGCAAGUUUUCUAAACCGUCCCGAGGAGGAGGAAAGCGCUUCAGCCGGGACGUUCAACCCGUCGACAAAGAUGGGAAUCCCGUCGGCCUAUGGAGAGAAACCGACGAUGAUGGCCUAGAUUUGUCGUCAUCAUCAGCAUUAUCAGAGGUAGGGGAAUCGGGUUCGGACGAACAAUCACCGGAUGUCAAUGCCAAACCCGGUCCUAGUUCCGCAGAAGCACCCGAAAUGACGCGUGAUGAACGUCGUGCCGCAGCCAAGGCCAAAAAGCAAGCUGCUAUUGCGAAGCGACAGCAAGUCCAACCGGGCGAUCUACCGCCUUCCUAUUCGGAGUCCGAUGCCGAUGACGACGACGAUGCCGAUUUGCCGGCCAACCCGAAUCACACGGCCAGCUCCCGAUCGCAGCUAGACGGUACGCAACCGGAAACGAUGACGACGAAAGACCCAUCACAGCUGUCUCGGCGGGAACGCGAGGCGAUUGAGGCACAGCAAGCCCGGGAACGCUACAUGAAAUUGCAUGCGGAGGGUAAGACAGAGGAGGCCCGUUCGGAUCUGGCCCGACUGGCCCUUAUUCGGGAGAGACGUGAGGCCGAUCGGCUGCGCAAAGAGGCCGAGAAGGAGGAGAAGGCCGAGUUAGCGAAGCAACGGGCAGCAGAGAGGGAUGCGAAGCUGCAGAAGGGUGGGAAGAAGAAAGCUGCGCCAAAGAAGAAAUAA